AUGGCUUCCCGUCGGCUCGCAUUGAACCUGCAGCACGCCACGCGCAGCCGCACCGCCAUCAACGCCAUCAAGAAUGGCUCGCUGUCGCGCUUCCGCGGUCUCGCUACCCCCGUCUCCCACGGCUCCAAGACCGAGAGCACCACCCUCAGCAACGGCUUCACUAUUGCCACCGAGCACUCGCCCUACGCCCAGACCUCGACCGUCGGUGUUUGGAUCGAUGCCGGCAGCCGCGCCGAGACCGACAAGACCAACGGCACUGCUCACUUCCUCGAGCACCUUGCCUUCAAGGGAACCCAGAAGCGCAGCCAGAGCCAGCUCGAGCUCGAGAUUGAGAACAUGGGUGGCCACCUGAACGCCUACACUUCGCGCGAGAACACCGUCUACUACGCCAAGUCAUUCAACUCGGACGUGCCCAACACUGUCGACAUCCUUUCCGACAUUCUCCAAAACUCCAAGCUCGAGACCCAGGCCAUCGAGCGCGAGCGCGACGUCAUCCUUCGCGAGCAGGAGGAGGUUGACAAGCAGCUCGAGGAGGUCGUCUUCGACCACUUGCACGCCACUGCCUUCAUGAACCAGCCCCUUGGUCGCACCAUCCUCGGCCCCAAGGAGAACAUCCAGUCCAUCACCCGUGACGAUCUCACCAACUACAUCAAGACCAACUACACCGCUGACCGUAUGGUCCUCGUUGGCUCUGGUGGUGUCCCCCACAACGAGCUCGUCCAGCUCGCCGAGAAGUACUUCAGCAACAUCCCCAUGGCUCCCCCAACUUCAACCGCCCAGGCCAUUGCCAAUGCCCAGAAGGAGAAGCCUGACUUUGUUGGUUCCGAGGUCCGUAUCCGUGACGACACCAUCCCCACCGCCAACAUCGCCAUUGCCGUUGAGGGUGUCAGCUGGAAGGACGACGACUACUUCACCGCUCUGGUUACUCAGGCCAUUGUCGGUAACUGGGACCGCGCCAUGGGCAACUCGCCCUACCUUGGCAGCAAGCUCAGCACCUUCAUCCACGAGCACAAGCUCGCCAACAGCUUCAUGAGUUUCUCCACUAGCUACAGCGACACUGGUCUCUGGGGUAUCUACCUCGUCACCGACGCCGUCACCCGCAUCGACGAUCUCGUCCACUUCACCCUCCGUGAGUGGUCGCGCCUGUCAUUCCAGGUUUCCGACAACGAGGUCGAGCGCGCCAAGGCCCAGCUCAAGGCUUCGAUCCUUCUCUCGCUCGACGGCACCACCGCUGUUGCCGAGGACAUUGGUCGCCAGAUCAUCACCACCGGCCGCCGUCUCGCACCCGAGGAGGUUGAGCGUGUUGUUUCCCAGAUCACCGCCAAGGACGUCAUGGACUUCGCCAAGCGCAAGCUCUGGGACCGCGACAUUGCCAUCUCCGCUGUUGGUCAGAUCGAGGGUCUGCUUGACUACUCGAGAGUCCGCAACGACAUGACCAGAAUGCUGUCGUAA